AAUUAAUAUAAAAAAGAAAAUGAUAAGAAUAUUUAUGAGAAGAUGGUUUUCUAGCUAAUUAAAAGAUUUAGAAGAGGCAGGAAAAGUGAUAAAGUUGAAUAAAGAAAAUAAGAAAGCAUAAGUUGAAGAAUUUACACCAAUUCCAACAUCACCUGUCUUAGGUCCAAUAAAAAUAGAGGAACCAAAAGUUUCAAAUAAAACCUAUAGAUGGUGUUCAUGUGGAUUGAGUUAAAAAUAAGUAUAAGAAAUAAAUAAAAUUAGCCAUUAUGUGAUGGAUCUCAUAAAGGAACAUCUUUUAAACCAUAUCGUUUUACAUUAGAAUAAAAUAUAGAUUUUUUGGAAUUAUGUGGAUGUAAAUUAACAAAGAAUGUGCCUUUUUGUGAUGGCGAAACUUGUGUUAAUCUUAGAAAAUAAUCAGGUUAACCAUGAAAUAUAAUAUAAAAUUAUGAAUAAUUUAAUGUUG